AUGUCAGAAACACAGCGCCAUAUUCACAUUGAGCAGGAGGACAUACAAACAGCCACUGAUACUUACUUAUUUGACGAAGACAACAAUAUGGAAUACGAUGAGAGUCAGACCACAUCCCAGUUUGACACACCACAAUGUACGAUGGCUAGCAUAGUAUCAGGAGAGGCCUCCCAGAUGAACCUCAAAGAGUGCUUCAAUGAUGUCACAGGCCAGCCAUCAACUUGGACAACUCGGUUGGGCAAGAGGGGGACCUCCCGGAUGGACUUGGACAAUGUCACAGGCCAGCCCCCAACAGCUCCACUCGACAAGAGGGAAAAGCGAGUCACCAAUCCGGUACUACCUGACAAGUGUCGCAUCAAAGAAGUUGACUGCUCAGAGACAUUACGCACCACCAUGUACAGUCAAAAGCAACUGAUCAACAAUAUGAGAAUGGAGGUGGAAAAUCAACAAGUAGAACAUGUGUGCAACAUAAACGACAUGAAACAGCAACUAGCAAAGGCCCAUGAUGAAAUCAGAAGGACCCAUGUCCAGCAGCAGCAACUUGAAGAACAUAUUAAAGAAACUCGCGAAGCACUCGGCCAGGGUAAUCAUGAGGCAAUAAAGGCCACUAUGCAGAAAAUCCAAGAGGAUGCUCACGACUACUUGGCACAAGAAUGGGCAUGGCAAGAAGCAGAGUUGAAUGAAAAACUGAUCCAACACGAGGAAGAGUUGAAGAGAAAGACAAAUGAAGAGUCUCAAGAGCGUGAGAAUGCAACAUUUGCUGAGAUGGACCGGAGGUCACAGCAAGAAGUGCUCAAGUUGAAGGCAGAAAAAGAGAGCGAGCUGGCCAAGAUGGAAUGGAGAUUUUCCAGGGUUCACCUUGUAUCACUAGUAGCGGAGGUGGACGAAGAGGAAGUACCUCAAGAACACUCGUCCGAACAAGACGCACCACCACAUCUACAACACGACACACCUCCUGCUACCACGAUGGAAGACGCAAUUGCAAGAGGUGUAGAAGCCGCACUGAGAUGUGUUCUAAUUGACAAAGAAUUUCCAGUUAUCAAGAAGCACAGUCCCUGGCGGAGAAAGACGGAGGAAAAAGAACUCCAGCAAGAGAAGGUGGCCGAGAAAAGCUAUGAAAGAGACUUCUUUUUGGCAAGUCAAAAGGUGGUACGGAAGCUGCGACUUACAGUGAUGUAUAGAGCGAAGUGCGGUGUCUCUUCAAAGAUGUUUUCAACAUUUCUCAAGACACCGAUUUCAUACUCCAUCAGGCAGCUAGUCGUGAGGAUGUCUACUCAUAUGAAUAUGAAGACGGCCCAGGUCCCAAUUACAAAGAUCUCGCCUUUGAUCUCAAAUGUGGGUCCAAAAGCCCCUGGAACAAUAAAGUCAUUGGCUUGCUGCUUGAAGAAUUGCGGAGAAGGGGUGACCAAGAGAGCUGGCCAUUCCGAAGUGUGGACGGCUGCACAACCCAAGGUUACCACAAAGGGUGGAUUGGAGACUCUUGCAGAGGUGGAGCAGAGGCUGAUCUCUGAGAAAGACAAGACAUUGAAAGCGACUCGUCAAACAACGCGUCGGAAAAAUAAAUAUCUUCACAGAGUCAAGGUUCUUGACCAUCUCGUUAAGUACCAGACUGACGAGAAUGAGGAAAACCUCCCAGCCUGGCAGUGGCUUCAGCAACUAGUUGGGACGUUGGGAGAAGACGGCAUGAGUUCAGAGGAGAGCAAUGUGGAAAAUGAUAUUGAAACGGUUCUUCGUGUCAAGAACAUGACUUGGUGCCGUGCGAUCAAAUGGGAAUUGGAUAUUAUUGAUCACCAAAGGAUCAUGGAUGAUGAUAUCUUUGCCCCCCAAGGUUCAAAGCCGAUGAAAUGGAUAUGCUCAGCCAGGAAUCCAACGACAUCCAGAAAAGAAGGGGAUGGGUUGCCUAAAGCAUUGUAUAAUGAGGAAUGGCUUGCAGGUUUGACCAAGUGUCAAGUUGAGGGGUUAUCAAUCUCAGAUGGAAGAUUUAAGUGGAUGAGAGUUGCGGUAGUGUAG